GCUAAAAUAUAUCAUUUUUUCCUUUUUCUUUCCCUUGUUUACAUUUUUUCUUCAGCCAAUCAAAUUGCUUCUAAUAAGGCCUAAUAAUAACAAAAUUAUCAUCUUUUCUUGAUCCGCGAUAAUCUUUGAAUGCUUGUCCAAAACAUGGAUGAUGUUAUAACUGGCAAGAUACAUCGAUUUUUCGACGGUACGGCAAUCAAUAAAUGCAGAAUUGAUCUACGGCUUCCAACAAAGAGGUUUACACACGAUUCACUGAUGCGAGUUUUUCCACAAUGACGUCAAGUAGCAAUCUCCCAGAGCUUAGAACAUCAUCCGGGAUCCAAGGAUAAUCUUUUCUCUUAUCCGCCAUAUUUGAGAAUAACAAACCAAGAUUCCGAGGCUAGAUUUUUUUGAAAGGUGGGGGUUUACCCCCGUAUUAAGACCCAAAGUGCAAACUAUUAAAAUGGAAGCAUGUAUGGUCAGUGUAGAUCAGGGGAACGGUCAACUUGGAUAUAAUCAACACGCAAGACCUGGCAAAGGUAACCAAGGUAAUAUUCCUAAUUCCAGGUCUUUUCCAAGGCUGAUGGAUGACCAUGAAACUGUAGUGGAGGACCGGCAUGUCACACAAGGAGACUUUGAAUGCUCGGAGCGUGUCAUCAUAAAUGUAAGUGGUUUGCGUUUUGAAACUCAGCUGAAGACCCUCAACCAAUUCCCUGACACGUUAUUAGGCGAUCCACAGAAACGAAACAUGUACUAUGAUCCUUUACGUAAUGAAUACUUCUUUGAUCGUAAUCGCCCAAGUUUUGAUGCUAUCCUCUACUAUUAUCAAAGUGGGGGUCGUCUGAGAAGGCCUGUCAGUGUUCCAAUCGAUGUAUUCUCAGAGGAAAUAAAAUUUUAUGAACUUGGUGAAGUUGCUAUUGAAAAAUAUAGGGAUGAUGAAGGAUUUAUCAAAGAGGAGGAAAAAAUCUUACCAGAAAAUGAAUUUCAAAGAAAAAUGUGGUUGCUGAUGGAGUAUCCUGAAAGCUCAAUGGGAGCCCGUGUUAUAGCAAUCAUAUCAGUUUGUGUAAUCUUGCUGUCUAUUGUUAUAUUUUGCUUAGAAACAUUACCAGAAUUUAAGCAUUAUCGUGUGGUAAAUGCAACAGAAAAUAGCACUAAUUCAAAUAAGCUCCCGAUAGAGGAAGAUGAUAUUCCAAAAUUCACUGAGCCAUUCUUUAUCAUAGAGACUGGAUGUAUUGUUUGGUUCACAUCAGAACUCCUGUUACGCUUUGCUUCAUGCCCAAUUAAAUUAGACUUCUUCAAAAACAUGAUGAAUUGCAUCGACAUCGUGGCUAUCAUCCCAUACUUCAUUACCCUCGGCACUGUCAUCGCAGAUGAGAGUAAGUCAAAUAACCAAGCCAUGUCUUUAGCAAUCCUUCGUGUCAUAAGACUGGUGCGUGUGUUUAGAAUUUUCAAAUUAUCAAGACAUUCUAAAGGAUUACAAAUUUUAGGCCAGACAUUGAAAGCUAGCAUGCGAGAGCUUGGUCUACUAAUUUUCUUCUUAUUCAUUGGAGUUAUACUCUUCUCUAGUGCUGUUUAUUUCGCUGAGGCAGAUUCCGACAAGUCACACUUCAAGUCAAUCCCUGAUGCAUUCUGGUGGGCAGUAGUUACUAUGACAACUGUUGGUUAUGGGGACAUGCGACCUAUUGGCGUGUGGGGCAAGCUUGUAGGUUCAUUAUGCGCCAUUGCUGGUGUCUUAACCAUAGCUUUACCAGUGCCUGUCAUUGUCUCUAACUUCAACUACUUUUACCACAGGGAAACGGAUUGUGAGGAAAAAGACAAAACUUAUCAGCAUGUACAAAGUUGUCCGAAUUUUCCUCGCCCAGGCAAGAAAGGUUCUCUUGCUAGUGAUAGUUGCUCAGACAUCAUGGAAAUUGAGGAGGGAAUACCUCUGACUGACAGUGAAAGGACUAAAUUAAACCAUGCAGGUGCAGUAAAGAAUAACCCUGGCAACAACCCAAAUAACAUCAGUAUAGAGACUGACGUAUGACAAUGACAGAACAUGAAACAUUAAAGUGUUUAAUCCCAUUCUUCCAUUUUGCUCUCAUUUUGUAAUUUUUAGUACAGCUAUGUGAAUGAAGAGACUACCACCUCUAAAUGUCACAUAGCUGAGAGCUUCUAUGGACAUUAAUCUGUAAAUUAUGUAUAAAAUGUAAAAAUUCUACCACCAUGAGAGUGAUCCCUUGCCAUUAAGCUCUCUUUUUAACACCACUGUUUGUUAAGCGUGUAGUGUAAAUUAAUUCAACCUUUUUAUCACAGUUAUUGUUUUACAAAUAUUUAAAUAGUAUUAAACCAUUACAUGCAUUGUAUUUAAAUUGUGUAUAUUCAGCCAUUUCCAUUUUCACAAUGGUGAAUUAGAAGUUUUUCAUUCUACGAUUUAUUGUGGUUUAUUACCGCAAUGCAUUCAUAUGCUUCGAAUCUCAUAAGGCCACUACCAGAUAAUAUUAGAUAUUCAAUAGAAUCUGCUGUGUAAUGUAUGAUAACUUGGAAGAAUCUCUAUGCAAAUGCAGAGUGUAUUUUAACGUAAUGCAAUAUGCUGUAAGUCUGUACAUCUAUAAUAUAUGGUAGCUGGAUCAAUAAUUCUCCAGAGCCAGGGGUCUUCUGGGCUAUAAAUAGUGUGUACGCCCUUGCCAAAGUCACUGCUCAGAAUUAAUGAACCGCUGGGAUGGUGGCCAGAGGAGGUGGAUGGAGAUAAGAAUCCCCAUGGAAUAUUCAUUAUUCCAUUAUGACAGCUAUAACAUCAGGUAGCUUCUAUCAUAACAGAAAUACAGGAUUCGUUACACUUUCCCCACAAUUGAAUGAGUUCGUCCUUGGAUUUUAACAGUUAUCAAGUCAUCUCUGCCAUACCUAGCUGAUCAGAGUGAAAUAGUGCAAGGAUUGUCUAAAAGAUAUAAAAGAUGUAUGCUAAUACUUUCACUCCCAUAAGGGAUUGACUUUCUGAGAAGAUAUACGGUGAUGACUCUCUAAAGAAUCUCUGCAACUUUAAGUCAUAAUCCUAGCCUAAAUCAUCCAAGCUCUAAGGGAAUUUAAAUUUUCCAUAUAUAUCCUUAUUGCAUACUUCACUUGAUGUUUAUAAUCAUUACAAAUGACACACAUCAAUAGUUUGGAAUUAGAGUCAUCACAAAUCCCUCCCCCUAAAAAUGAAGGAAAUAUCUAGUGGGUACACUGUUUCAUACUUAUUUUACUCUCUAGUGAAUGUAUAAGCCCAGAUAACAUGCAGCAGAAUUCAUGUAAUAUUCAUUACCAAUAUGGCGAUACUUAAGAAUAUUUGCAUCUUAUAGACUAUCGUCUUAUUCUAACUUGCUCAUUUUGCAAACUCUGUCUCAAAGUGAUGCUCUCUAUAGCUUUUGCUUGUAAAAUGCCACCCCAUAUCUAUUUUACAAAAAUUAGGUCUAUGUAUAUGUGUUUGGCUGCUUCUCAUCUUAUAUUGUAAGGUGGUAUGCAUAUUAAAUAUCCAGUAGGCACUAUUUUCAGCAAUAUUAAGUAUUGAUUAGUGGAUGAGAUAAAGGCAGUGGUAUAAUAUAAGUGGAGAUGGUUAAACCUGGUAUAAGGUGCAUACCUGUAUGUAUUAGCUGCACUAUGCCGAUCAGAUUACAGUAAAACCUAUAGAUGUGAACACAACCUCUGAAAUGAACAUCCCAAAAUAUGAACACUUGGUUGGUUCUGUUUUAAGUGCCCCAUUGAUUCUAAUGUUAUUAGAACACCUUAAUACAAUAUCUGUAGACACUUUGUGAACAUAGAAUUAGAAACAAAGCGAUUCUUAACAUGGAGAGUUAUGAAACAAUAAUUUGUCCUUGAUUUAGAAAUGUUCAUAAGGGAGAGGUGUUUUCAUAAACAUAGUAGUUUCACUGUAAAUAUGAUCUUACCAAUUUUAUUGGCAACCAGAUAUGUAUGUUAACACUAAGAAGGCGCCAAGUGACCAGGAAUGUAUUAUUUCAAAGUAUUAUAUUUUGAACUAUAGGCUUAAAAUGGUAUUACAAGUAAACUGUGCUAUUUGUGAUUUACUUCCACAGCUUGGGGUCUAUAGUGAAAUAUAUGCAAGACUUUGUCAUAUAUCGACAAUCUUGUUUUAUUGUGAGUUUAUGCAACUGCCUCUCCUAAAUCUCUUCCCCUGUUCUGUUUGAGGAAGAGAAUGAAAAUGGGAGGUUUAGUUGCGUAUAUGCAUAUCACCGGACCAUUGUGUACUAAAUACAUGUACUUCCAUGUCAUCUUUGAUAUUUCGGUUAAAUUUAUUUUGGACAUUUAGCCAUUUUUUCAUUGUGUGAGAAUAUUGCAAUGAUUUUGCAGUUUUGCUUAACUAUAAUCUGUUCUCUAAGUGUACCCACUCAUAUUAAUAUGUACAUCAAGAUCAUUUGGGGGAGGGAUGGAAUGAACGUUAGUGAAGUUCACUAUAUAGUUGAGCUUAGUUGAUAACACAAAUAAUGAAGUACCAUAUGGAUUUACAUCAGACCGUCAUACUUUCAAAUGGACAUGGACUUCAUUUCUAUGGAACAGUUACCAAUCGCAGUCUUCUAACUGAACCAAAUCUAUCUUGGACUAUACAUCAGAUCCUUGGAAUUGAGCUUAUCCAACCAUGAACUGGGAAGAACACAAAAUGAAGCGUUGCUAAGGAGAUGUAUGGCAUUACCAUGGUGAUAGAUGCAACAAGAUGUGCAGGUUACCAUAGACACCAGCUGGAUGACCUGAAGUUUCAACCACAAAGUCAAGGGUAAGUCAGUUUUCUUUCUAAUCUACAUUUCUUUACCAAUGUAAUCUCUUUAGCAGUGAUUAGCAUUUUCUCUGAGUGGGUACAAAAUUCUCCUUUCACAGUUCUGUUCAAAGUUGGUUAAAAUAUUCUUCUUGAUUCUUCAGAUUUUCAAGUCCUUUCAAAUAAGGGUUGUAGGUUUAAAUUUGGUGCAACAUCUACUUGUUUCAAUGCCAAGGAGAUUAUUAGCUUUAAAGUGUGGAAUACAGAUGAACUAUUGAGGGAUGAAGAAUUUGUUUUAUAACAUAUUGUGACUGUUCUAGUCAUUGAUUUAGAUAUUAGUU